AUGUUCAAGAACUGUGAGCCAACUGACACGUUGUCUUUAGAGGCAUGUAAAAAAAUUGACAGGGAGUAUUAUAAUGCAAAAAAUUCUCUUGCCUAUCUAUUGAACCAAGAGGUACUGCACAAUGUGGCCAAACUACAGCUAUAUCGCACCCCCGAGGAAGAAGAAGUGACAACAGAACAAUUGAGGUUGUUUCAAAUAGUGCAAACGACGUACUGUUAUUGUGAGUUUACCCUUUGUCAAAGUCGAACUUUCAAAGACCCACUCUUCACGGAAUCUGAAAAGUGUUUAGUGUCAGAGAGUCUGAACAUCUUCCUUGUAGCAAUAUCAACAAAUGAUUCCUUUGGUACCGUAGCUAUUCAUAGAUACCUUUUGUCGUUUCUUCUGCAAACCUCCGAGUUCUUUCAGUUAUUUCCAAAUGUUCCUAGCCAUUGGAUGAGCCUUGACAGACAAAACGCAAGUCUGAAGGAUGAGAAGAUUUGGCCUUCUUCUUACUUCGAAACGAAACUAUUUCCUUUAUUUGAAGCCAUUCAAAGGGUCUCGUUUGCUCCCACAUCACAUCAGUUUCCGGAUGAAUUUGGAAUUUUCUAUGAUUGCUUCCAAAAUAUAAUCAAGUGCGCUAAUAAUUCAAUUCAAGUUGAAAACUGGGUAAAGCAAUCCGGCAAGCUUGUGAGGUUCAUUGUAAAGCCUUUUGAGGAUAUUUCGGUUGCGAUGUUGAUCCAGGCUCCCAAAUUUGAACCGAUUCUGUACAAGUAUCAGUUUCCUUUACUUCGAAUGAUGGAUGGAACGCCAAUUAGUGAUAUUGAUGUAAACAUCAAAGUCUUAUUCCAGCACAUCAAAGAAGAAGAGACAACUGCAGUCAAUCCUAGUUUACUAUUCAAUAUUCGCCUGCUUGAAAGGUGGCUCUGCAAAAUUUUAAAACUCAUGAUUGACUGUCAAGCAAGAGAUAUUAGAAUCAACAUUUUCAAAGAAAUCCGCCGUAACAUAUUAGACUUGAUAAAUGCAUUUUUUAUCCGAGAAGACAUUAAUUGCUCAAUUUGCUAUUACACUGUAUAUCUUCUGAGUGAAUUUGUCAAAAUAUUUUCAAUCGAACAUGAAAUGCUUCAAGAAGAGUUCCUAACUCCCUUAAUAAAUGAAACAUCUUUGGAAAAGAUGUUUCUUCAUUGCCUAAACAGGGAUCCAAAUAAGGACAUGAUAGAAGACAUUAAUCAUUGGAACAAACUCACGAAUAGCCAAGUGUUUGUUUUCAAAUUAGUGUAUCAAUUAUUCAACUUUGGUCUGGACCAAACACUAGCAGUCCUAUUUCUCAAAGAACCUUCUCAGUUAUGCAAAGAAGUAUGUCACCCUCAAUUGGAGCCAGCCAAAGAAAAUGAGAUUUUGCGGUCAAUGUGUUAUGCCAUAACUGGUUCCAAGAGUUGCAUAGUUGAUACCGAUCAGGUAGCAAGACAGAUAGUGCAAAAUUUGAUAUCUCAAAACAAACUGGCUGCUGACAACUCCAAAGGAAAUGAUGUAAAUAAAAAUCAGCGUUUAGAAUUUGAUUCGUCCAAAUCUUUGUCAUUUUACCUGUUGUCCACACAAGUAAGUUAUUUUUAUAAUGACCCUAUCACUUGCUUCUUUUCAUCAGGUUUGUUAGUUUUGUUGAAUCGACUCGUAGAUUCUUUCGACACUGGAUGUGCCAUUCCACCAAUUAAAGAAGUAACCAGUAAAGAGGGAUUUGAAAAUACUAUUGGUAUUAUUAGCAGGAUAAUAGUGGAAAAUUACAACUGUUUUCAAUUGUAUAGAGAGAUCAUAUCCAAAAAAGGUGGGUCUUUUAAAUAUAUUAAACCCAGUGAAUCUAUCCAACAGUUACUCCUGCAAUCCAAUAACAAAACUCUAUCACAGACACAAGAAUGUUUGAUAGAAUUCAUUGAAUCUAAUGAAGUUGUUGACAUUUCAGUAUUAAGACAAAACAUGCAAUUAUUUGAGACGCUUGUGACUAGUCUCUACUGCAUUGAAAAAGCCAAAUCCAUAAGAACCCAUGAUCAUAAGUAA